AUGAUUGCAAAUAUUCUUUUCCUGUUCCUGGGGCUUGGAAGUGCUGUGGCAAGUCUUGCAGGGGUAGAUCCCAAUACGCUGAAAUGUGACCCAACUGGAAGGCAAACUCUACAUCUCCCCCAUUUCACGGAUUGUAACAAGUUCUUCAUGUGCGCACAUGGUGCUGAAGUUGAGUUUACUUGCGCAGAAGGCACCAUAUUUGAUUUCCCCCUCCAGGUAUGCAACUGGCCAUGGGCUACUAAAUGCUACCUCAGGACGAAAAGGGACGACGACAUCGAAGAAGGAUCUGGUGAAGAAGACAUAGAUGUACCCGGUGGCGUAAACAUCGGCCGCCCAAGACCCUUCUCCUCUGAAGUUUUAAUGAGCGGACAUCUCAACUGUCAAAGUAUAGACGGAGCUUCUCGUAGAAUUGGAUUCAAAGGUGAUUGUCAGCGGUACUGGAGCUGUACUGCCGGUUCCCCUCAUGCAUCAUACUGUACCGAUGGCUUGUUCUUCAACGAGGAGAAACAAGAAUGUGACUUUGAAGCUAACGUCAAGUGCGUGGAUGACCCCGUUGACGAACUCCACACCGAAUUUAUUGAAUACAAAUAA